UGAUAUUCGAUGUCACCUUGAGCCUUCCAAGACACGCAGAAUACUAGAAUGUCUUUGAAUCCCGUCUCAUCCAUUGUCCUUCAAACUGCUGUGGUGGUGACCACAUUGGGCUUUACCCCUGCCCAGUCAAGCCUGAGGCCUGGCGCCCUGGUUCUCGUCGCACUGUGCACUGCCCACUGUAUCUCAACGGCAUUGGAGUAUUUCGUUCGCACACCAUGGGCUAGCCUCGCGGGGGGUUACUCGGUCAUGCUACUGCUUCAUUACGUCGACAUCGGCUUGCUGACCCGCUGGGAAUUUCCAGUAAGCAAGAAAUCUGACACCCCUGGAGCGAGCCCGCGCGAAACCCCAACUACAUCCUGGGCAGCGCGAUUGGGGUUUGGCAUCUGGGCGGCUUCUAAUGCGCGAUGCAUCGGGACCCCUGAACAAGUGCGCCACGUCCCUGAGGCCGCCACCCUCGACAGAGUCGCAUUCCUCCGUCGGUCCGCCGGUUUUAUCCUCCUCAGUUACCUGAGCCUCGAUGUGCUCGGAUCGAUGGGUGAUCCCGAGGUGAGCUCUUCCUUCCUCGUCCCAUCUCGCGUGCCCUUUUUUCGGCGGCUACCCGGGAUCACCGCGGAAGAGAUCGUCGUUCGAAUCUUCUCCGGCCUGGCGGCAGGGAUAGGCCUGUUAUCCAGCCAAGGCGGAUUCUAUCAUCUCUUCGCCUUCACCAGCAUUUUCAUGAAGUGGAGUAAGCCGGAGGACUGGCCCCCGUUCUACGGAUCACUGGCAGACGCUUACAGCUUGCGAAGCCUAUGGAGUCGCGUAUGGCACCAAUCCAACUCCCACAAGUUCCGCGCGAUCUCCCGAUUUUUCGCCCGCGAUGUCUUUGGCCUCCAGCCCGGGACGCUCGCGGAACGAUAUGCGAAGGUCCUGAUCGUGUUUGCAACCUCAGCAUUCAUGCACUUUCUCAUCGAUCUGUCGUCAGGCGUAUCAGCCGCUAGCUCGGGGGCCGUGCAGUUCUUCUGCACGCAGGCCCUCGGUUUGAUGACCGAAGACUUCGUGAUUAGUGCUUACUUGCUCUACGCGGCGGAACGAAUGAUUGGAUUUCUCUGGGUUGGGGGCUUUUUGGUCUGGUCGUUUCCUGCGUAUCUCUAUCCGAUGUUGUACCGAUCCAAUUUGGGUCUCAAUGACUCGGUAGUUCCUGUGAGCGUGGUCGGGUUGGUGCGGAGACUGUUCUAA